AUUGAAGUGAAGCGGAAAAAGUGUUGUACAUUUAUUAUUUAAGUUUAUUAUUUUAAUUUAUUGUUAUUUUGAAUCCAAUUUCUUUAUAUUGCUAAAGGAUGUUUCUUAACAAGUCUACAUGUGUGUUUGAUGCAAAUGAGCAUCAGCACAUUCGGUUCAACCCUCUGAGAGGUGAUUGGGUGCUGGUGUCGCCCCACCGGGCUAACAGGCCUUGGAAAGGUCAAGUUGAGAAAGUUCCAGAGGACAACAUUCCAAGAUCAGAUCCCAAGAAUCCACUGUGCCCAGGCUCAGUCAGAAGUAGUGGAAAGGUAACUCCUGAGUAUUCUAGCACCUAUGUGUUUGACAACGACUUCCCUGCUCUGUUGGAAGAAGGACCAGCUCCAGAGGAGAGUGAUGACCCGCUGUUCCAGGCGGCCCCAGCGUACGGGACGUGUAAAGUGAUGUGUUUUCACCCAUGGUCAGAUCUCACACUCCCCGUGAUGACGCACAAGGACAUUAGAGCCAUUGUUGAUGCCUGGGCAGACCUGAACAUCGACCUAGGCAAGAAAUAUCAAUGGGUACAGAUAUUUGAAAACAAGGGUGCCAUGAUGGGCUGCUCUAAUUCACAUCCCCACUGCCAGGUGUGGGCGAGUUCCUUCCUUCCAAACGAAGCUGCAGUGAAGGACAAGGCACAGAAGGAGUUUUACAACAAGUACAAGAAACCCAUGUUACUGGAUUACGUGCAGAAAGAAAUUAGUAAAAAAGAGCGUGUUGUGUUGGAGAAUGAUCACUGGGUGUGGUUGGUGCCUUACUGGGCUCUGUGGCCAUAUGAGACCAUGCUGUUGCCACGGCGACAUGUCCUCAGGAUAGAGGAUCUCAGUUCAGAAGAAAGGGAUGCUCUGGCAGAUAUAAUGAAGAAACUGUUAUCCAAGUACGACAACAUGUUUGAAAUCUCAUUCCCAUACUCGAUGGGAUGGCAUGGUGCCCCGACAGGAGAACGACUGACCACGGAUAACACACACUGGCAGCUACAUGCCCUCUACUACCCACCGUUACUGCGGUCAGCCACGGUUAAGAAGUUCAUGGUCGGAUACGAGAUGCUGGCACAGGCGCAGCGAGACCUCACAGCAGAACAGGCUGCCGAGAAGUUACGAGCACUUCCAGACGUCCAUUUCAAAGAAAGAAACAAAACCGAAAAUUCAUGACAUGAUCCAACUAUACAUAGGGAUCUCUAUUUCAGAGGUGGGAAUUCUCAUCGGAUCAGCUGUCUUGCAUUUUAAUCGUCCUUUCCUCCAAAAUGUGUCAGAUGGCACAGAUUUUAACCUAAGAUUUCAAGAAUUUUCAGGACCCCUCUAUAUUUCCUCUUUUUUACAGUUCACCAAUUCCCACCCCUGCUGUUUUCGUUCUUACAGAAACAGUCUUUUAUAUAAUUUUAUAUAUUAUAAGUUGGUUUUGUUUAAUGACACCACUAGAGCAUAUUGACUUAUAAAUCAUCAGCUGUUGGAUGUGAAAUGUUUGGUAAUUCUGAUUUGUAGUCAUCAGAGGAAACCCGCUACAUUUUUCCUAAUGCAGCAAGGGAUCUUUUAUAUGCACUUUCCCACAGAUAGGAAAGCACUGAUUGUAUACAACAAAAAUUUUAAAACCCAUUUCAGGUCUCACAACACAUUUCACUUAGGGUGAGAAGGGUCCAUUGGGCUAUUUCUGGUUCCAACCAGUGCACCAUGACUGGUAUAUCAAAGGCCAUGAUAUGUGCUAUCCUGUCUGUGAGAUGUGCAUAAAAAAGAUCCCUUGCUACUAAUGGAAAAAUGU